AUGGUGAUGGUGGGCAAUGAUGAAGCUCUUGGACCUCCUCUUGGCACUCCAAUUGAUGUGGAUGAUAAUGAGGAUAGUGAUAACGAGGACAAUGAUAAUGAGGACAGUGAUGGGCCAGAGGAAAUUAUUCAUGGAAAUCAAAGGGUUGAAGAACCAAGAGUUAAUAUGAUGUUUGAUUCUGAAGAAGAGGUUAUAGCAUAUUAUAAGCAAUAUGCCAAGCAAGUCGGUUUUGGUGUGACAAGAAGAACCUCUAAAAUUGGAGAUGAUGGAAAGUUAAGAUAUUUCACAGUUGCAUGUGUCCGUGAGGGUAAGUCAAGAAGCAAAUCAUCUAAUAUUGUUAGGCCAAAACCAAUGGAGAAAAUGGGGUGCAGGGCGAAGAUCAAUGCAAAGUUAACUAACAAUGGAAGGUUUACAUUGUCUACUAUCGUGCUUGAACACACUCAUGUUGUAAGCCCAUCCCAGGCAAGAUAUUUUACAUGCCAUAAAAUUUUAAAUCCUUGUGUGAAAAGAAGACUUGAAGUAGUGGAUAAAGCUGGAGUCCGUCCAAGUAAAAACUACAAAGCUCUUGUUGUUCAAGCCAGUGGAUAUGAGAAUCUUCCAUUUGGAGAGAAAGAUUGUCGAAAUUACAUUAAUAAAGUAAGAAAUGAGUUGCUUGGAGAAGGAGAUGCUGAAGCAUUGCGUAACUAUUUCAUGAGAAUGCAAGAAAAAAAUGACAGCUUCUUCUAUGUUAUAGACCUCGAUGAAGAAAGCCGUUUGAGAAACGUGUUUUGGGUAGAUGCACGAAGUAGAGCAGCAUAUGAGUCUUUUGGAGAUGUCAUAACAUAUGACACUACAUACUUGACUAAUAAAUAUAAGAUGCCAUUUGCACCUUUUGUCGGAGUGAAUCAUCAUGGCCAAUACAUACUUUUUGGGUGUGGAUUACUAUCAAAUGAGAAUAUCGAUACUUUUGUAUGGUUGUUCGAAGCAUGGUUGAAAUGCAUGUUAGGAAGAGCUCCUAAUGCAAUUAUAACUGAUCAAGAUAGAGCUAUGCAAGCUGCAAUUGCAAGAUUAUAUAAUGAACGGUAUCAAUGGGUACCAGCAUAUGUGAAAGAUACAUUUUGGGUCGGAAUGUCUACUACACAGCGAAGUGAGAGUAUGAAUGCCUUUUUUGAUGGUUAUGUGGGGCCAAGUACCCUGUUGAAGAAAUUUGUUGAAGAUUAUGAUAAUGCUUUAAUGAGAAUGGUUGAGAACGAACGUCUAGCUGAUUUUGGUUCGUUUAAUAAAAUGAUUCCACUUAUUACUUUCCAUUAUAUUGAGCAUCAACUUCAAGUUAUUUAUACCAAUGAAAAGUUCAAAGAAGUUCAAGAGGAGUUUAGGGGAUUCAUGAUGUGUUUGCCAUCUCCACUAAAAUGCGAUGGUGCGAUUUCUACGUAUGAAGUUGAGGAUUGUAUAAGAGUUAAUGAUGACUUCACAAAACAAGUAAGGUAUUGUGUUUACUUUAAUGACAAGGAAUGUGAGGUGAAAUGCACUUGUAGAUUGUUUGAAUUUAGAGGAAUAAUGUGUAGACAUGCCCUUAUUGUUCUAACCUUGAUAAAAGGUGUAAAAGAGUUGCCAUCUAAAUAUAUUCUUGAACGAUGGAAGAAGGGCUUGAAACGAAAAUAUACCAUCGUUAAGAGUAGUUAUGACGACUUGAGCGGCAACCGUGAAGCACAAAAAUAUGAAGAUUUGUGCAAUGAUUUUUCUGAAGCUGCAUUGAUCGCAUCAAAAGACAAUGAAACUUAUAUGACGGUGAAAACUUGUGUACUAAAGUUAAAAGGGGAAUUGUUUCACAAUGGGUCAAAGGGUGAAAGCAUUCUAAGUACUCCACCUUCUCAUCACCUUCCAGGUGCAUAUUCUAUUUGUAAUGAAGCAAUUGAUGGGAGGUCUAAAAAAUGUAAUAAGUUGCGGAAUCCUUUAGUUGCAAAAAGUAAAGGGAGGCUACGGUCAACACAAAGGCAGUCUGUUGGAGAAAAGACUUCCCAAGCAACAAAAGAAGUCGAAUUGAAUUUAAAUGAAGCCAUCUUGCCUUCUGUAGCUGCUUCACAACAUGAUUGUAUAAUUGGAACUCAAGAAAGUAUAGUUACUCAGACUGAGAGAUGGAAUGAGCAAAGGGACAAUCUAACCUUUUUGAUUCCUCUGUUUCAUGCUUUGGACUGUUCUGAAUUAGUUUAUCAUUCUGGAGCAGGUUAUUUUGUGGGGUUGAUGGUUUUUUGGGGUUUAUGUAAAAAGGGCCACUUCAGUGACAUUAGUGCUGGUUUUGCAAUGGUCAUUUUGUUGAUGCUGGAGAUGUUGUAG